AUUAAAUUGGGUAAUAGUAACAACCCCUGGAUGUACUUGAAAACCAGAGUAAGCCUGUACCUUUCCUGGUUAAAUACUUUUAUUAUUUGUGAAUUACUUUUCCCAUAAAGCUCCGCUCUGUGUAAUCCCUUGAAACACUUACAUUUUCAGAUGAAAGAAACAAUCAUGAAUCAAGAAAAACUAGCAAAAUUGCAAGCACAAGUGCGCAUCGGUGGAAAGGUAAGUUAUGACAGCUGACAGUCAUUUCUUUAUUUCGUGUUUGACUACAUUUCAGCAAAGACUAGAAGUGUGAUCUAGUUUGUCAACUCGUUUACUGUUUUAGAGCACUGUCAUAAGAGGUCCACACCAUCUGUUGCGUUUGGUUUUGCCAUCAUCCUUGAUCUCUGUAUUACAGACAGUCCUCACUUACUGACCAGGUUCCUUUCCUACGACCCGGUUGUAGAACGAAUUGGUCGGUAAGUUAGGAGUUAAGGGAUUUCCUGCUCUGAUGGGUUCUUCUAUGUUCCUGGAAACUUCCCCGAACAUAGACGAACGCACCAGAGCAGGGAACCCCAUAGUUACAUAGCUGAAAAGAGACUUGUGUCCAUCAAGUUCAGCCUUCCUCACACUUGUUUUUUGCUGUUGAUCCAAAAGAAGGCAAAAAACCCAGUUUGAAGCACAAUUUGCAACAAGCUAGGAAAAAAAUUCCUUCUUGACCCCAGAAUGGCAGUCAGAUUUAUCCUUGGAUCAAGCAGUUAUUACCCUACAUUGAAAGAUUAUAUCCUUGAAUAUUCUGUUUUUGCAAGUAUGCAUCUAGUAGCUGUUUGAACAUCUGUAUGGACUCUGAUAAAACCACUUCUUCAGGCAGAGAAUUCCACAUCCUUAUUGUUCUUACAGUAAAAAAAACCUUUCCUUUGCCUUAGACGAUUAGAGUAGGGGUGGCCAAUAUGCGGCCCUCCAGAUGUUUUGGACUACAUCUCUCUUGAUGCUUUGUUAGUAUUACGGCCCUAAGAGCAUUAUGGGAGAUGUAGUCCAAAACAUCUGGAGGGUAGCAGAUUGCCCACCCCUGGAUUAGAGGGAUUCCCUGCUCUCGUGCGUUUGUCUAUGUUCAGGGAAGUUUCCAGGAACAUAAACAUAUGCACCAAAGCAGGGAAUCCCCACAACAGCUCGCACUUAUGCCUGGUUGUAAGUGCGAACCGUCGUAAAAUAGGUUGCUAAAUGAGGACCACCUGUACGGUUAUCUUUUGUUCAGCACAAUUGUGGUGGCAAUGGGAAAAAAAAAAACCCACAAAGUUUUAGAUAUGUAGUGUAAUGCCAUGCUGUACACUGGUCAAUUGUUACACUUUGCAGCAUUAGAUUAUCUUUUCAACAUCUAAGAAACUUUGACAUCAAGCACAUGUGACCUUUGCAACCCGUACUAGUUUUUAAUACUCUGCAUGUUCACUAUUUCAUUUCUUUACUUUGUACAGUCUCACAUCAAUUGUUAAAGCGCUGCGGGAUAUGUUGUCACUUUAGCAAUAAUACGGCCUUGUUUUAUGUGUUAUCCAAAUGAUUCAUAUUAGUUUCUUUGCCAGUAAAGAGAAAUGCCAUCUGCAGCUGCAUUUAGAAUUGCAAGAUCCCUGAAGGGAGGUGAGCAAAGAUACUGAAAUAAAACCUCCCCUGGUUAUGUAAAAAGAGCAGUUACCAUGGAAACGGUAGAGCACUCUUGCCGAAUAUUCCAGUUUUAGAACUUGUUGCCUUCGAUUGCUCCUUUUGCUCCCUGCAGUGAAAAUGAUCAACUGCCUAAACGGCUGUGUUUACAUGACUUGCUUAAUCAGUUGUUACUAAGAAACAGAAUUUAAACAUGGAGAUUCUUUGGUAAUUUUCGAAGCAUUGAAAAUGGAUGUUUCCCAGACUGAAGAAAAGUAAUAAAAAAUAAAAAAAAUGCAUGUCUUCCAGUAUCUCGGUAUUCUUUAUGGAUUAUCAGCCACUUUGUUCCGAGGGCCUGGUGCCGUUGCAGCAGCUCUAAUCAUACGCUUUGAGUUCUGCAUUAGGGAUCGACCGAUUAUUGGUCUGUCCGAUAUUGUCGGCCGAUAUUCUGUAUUUUCGGCAAUAUCGGUAUCUGCCAAUAAAGAUACCGAUAUUGCCGAUAAUACAUACCAGGACCGCUGGGCUCAUUACAAGCCCGGCGGUCCUGGGGGGGGCACUCAGCAAGCUCUUACCUUCCCUUCAGCUCCCUGUGUAAAUCUCGCGAGUCCCGAGAUUUACACAGGGAGCCAAAGGGAAGGUAAGUAACAGCUUGCUGUCGGGCCCCCUCUGUAUUUUCCAUGCCACAGGACCACCCAGGAAUGCAAUAUCCCCCCUCCCUGGCCAAGUAGCAAGCAAGGUGGGGGAACUAAAAUUUUAUAUAUGUAAUAUUUUUAAGGACCACUCUAGGCACCCAGACCACUUCAGCUUAAUGAAGUGGUCUGGGUUCCAGGUCCAGCUAGGGUUAACCCAUUUUUUUUCAUAAACAUUGCAGUUUCUGAGAAACUGCUAUGUUUGUGAAUGGGUUAAGCCUUCCCCUAUUUCCUCUAGUGGCUGCCUCAUUGACAGCCACUAGAGGCGCUUGCAUGCUUCUCAUUGUGAUUUUCACAGUGAGAGCACGCCAGCGUCCAUAGGAAAGCAUUAUGAAUGCUUUCCUAUGUGACCGGCUGAAUGCGCGCGCAGCUCUUGCCGCGCGUGCGCAUUCAGCCGCUUCGGAGGAGGAGAGCUCUCCGCCCAGCGCUGGAAAAAGGUACGAUUUAACCCCAUUCCCCCUUCCAGAGCAGGGAGGGAGGGGGCACCCUGAGGUUGGGGGCACCCUCAGGCCACUAUAGUGCCAGGAAAACAAGUGUGUUUUCCUGGCACUAUAGUGGUCCUUUAAAUGCUCCAGUAUUGUGUUAAGGUCCCUGUAUUGAUAAGCCUUGGCCACAAGCAGAUGCUUCUGUAGAGAUAUUUACCAGCAUUGUACAUUAACAAAUUGUGAAUUUGUGUGGAACUUAAGCACGAAAGGACAGCACAAGUUGCAUCAAAUAGGAUAUAAGGCAGGCAACCUUCGGCACUCCAGAUGUUGUGGCUUACAGCUAUAAUACUGGCAAAGCAUCAUAGGAGGUGUAGUCCAAAACAUUUUGAGUGCCAAAAGUUUCCUAUUGGGGAUCGACCGGUAUAGAUUUUAUAUUUUAAUUUUUUAUUUUUUUUUAAGAGCUGAUACCGAUAAUCUGUGAACUUUCAGGCCGAUAGCUGAUAAUUUACCGACAUUGAUAUUCUGUACAUUUACCAUUAAAAAAAUAUUUCUACACAAAUCUACUGUUAAAUGAACAAGUUUGUUUGGGGGGGGGGUGUGGUUUUAAGGGUCUCUAAGGUACCAGAAAAAACUGCAGGUUCCCUCUCCUUCCCACCUCCCAUCCCCCAGUUGCCAAAGGGGUGAAAACCCCUUCAGUCAUUUACCUGAGAUGUCCCGCGGUGGUUUUGGGUCGCCGCCGCUCCUCCUCUUCAUUACGUCGGUCGGUGGGCGAGACUGAUCUCGCCGGCCGGCCGCUGAGACCUAAUGUGCCGUGCAUGCGCAUUAAAGCUCUCCAUCGAAACACCCCCCCCAGAGCACCACCAUAUUUCUCAGUACUUUACAAUAUUAUAAGAGGGAAAUUGUAACAAUAAAUGAGACCAAUACAAAAUGUUACAGGAACAGUAGGUUGAUGAGAACCCUGCUCAGACGAGCUUAGCUGUGCAAAUAGUCCUCAUAUGAAUACUUUGUUCAACUUUAGAGUUUCUCUUUUGUUUUUACCAGGGAAGCGCCCGCAGAAAGAAGAAGGUUGUCCACCGAACAGCCACUGCUGAUGACAAGAAACUCCAGUUUUCCCUAAAGAAACUGGGUGUGAAUAACAUCUCUGGCAUAGAGGAGGUAGGUGCUUGUUUCACUUCUCAAACCUGAUUUAUCAUAAGAACAUGUAGUGUGGCAAAUGAUAAUAUUUUGCUCUGUAGCUUUUGUGAACUACACGUAAUUUCUUAUAUUUAGACAUGGCAAAAGUCCUCAAUUAUGUGCAAUGUGAUCAAAGAUGGAACACAUGGUUCAAUAUAUGCUAUAAGCAAACCCCUUUCUUGUUCCCCCUUUAACAGGUAAAUAUGUUUACAAACCAAGGAACUGUUAUCCACUUCAACAAUCCUAAAGUACAGGCUUCUUUGGCUGCCAACACCUUCACAAUUACAGGUCAUGCAGAGACCAAGCAGCUCACAGAGAUGUUGCCCAGUAUUCUGAACCAGCUCGGGGCUGAUAGUCUCACCAGCUUGAGGAGACUUGCAGAGGCUUUGCCCAAACAAUGUAAGUGGUGUGUGUGUGUUUCAACAUGUAGAGCAUGGUGGCUGAUUAAAGGAACGUUCCACACAUAUAAAAUCCUGAGCAGGGAUUUACAGAAGGGCAGCUAUUGCGUUUCUCUAAGCUUUAAGAUCAUAUUCCCUGUUUUUGUUGGAAUGCAUUUACUUGGUUCUCCCGAAAUUCAAAAGGGUAACCCAGACUUGGACCCUGUGCUCACUGUGCCUAGAGGGGUAUCAGCUACACCUUGCUGACAAAGCGCAAAGAAGGCCGAAAUGAUCGUCCUUGGUGCUGUAUCUUUAAUGCAGAGAGAACCUGCUGGCAUUUCGGUUCUGGACUACCCUUAUGGGUGGGAUUAGUCUGAUAUGCCUUGGAACGGAUUCUGUCUGUAAUGGCACAAGUGAUAAAAAACUAUUUUGAGACCUGAGCAGGGAUUUACCAAAGGACAAGCUAUGGAGUUUCUCUAAGCUCGUCUGUUCUCAUAUUAUUAAUAAUGUAUUUAACCAGGAAAUGUACAUUUAAUGUUACUAUGGUUUUCAAGUACGUCCUGGGGAUGAUACUGUAGCCCAACAUCCAGGGAUUGUUACAAUUACCCAAUUUAAUGGUACUUAUUUUAUCUACCUCGGAAGGAUGAAGGGCUGAGUCAACCCUGCUGGGAUUUGAACCUGCGACCCAAGGGUUGAACAGAUUCUACUGAUGAUGUAUUAGCCAACUGAGCUAUCUCCUAUAAAAUCUUUCAUAGUUUCCACUUUCAGUAAUCUGUUUUCUGUUGCAUGUGGAAGCUGAAGGCAGUAAUGAAAUGUUAAAGCACUGCUAUUUUGCAUAGUGUUUUCCGUGUAUGUGCCUGACGUGCUAGCUCUAUUCUUGAAUAGAAAGCAUUUCAAUCUGCAAUUUGCAUACAAUCGCAGGGCUACGUCCCUAUAUUUGUAUGGAAGAGAACUGACUAUUCAGACUGCCGUUAUAUUUGAUUCUGGUCUAACUGAAAUCCAUUGUGCUAUUAAGAACAUCACAAAGCACUUUUUCAGCAAACGUAUGUAGUAACACAUCAAUGUGCUGAGAGUUCUUCCCCCUUUGCUGAAAUCAUAGGACAUAGAUCUGGGUUUGUUUUUGGAUUGUCCUUCAUGUAAUUUCAGUGCAUGCGUUUUCCAGUGUUAAAUGUUGUAUAGCAUUCAUUAGAUUUAAAGGAAUACUAGCAUUGGGAAUAAAUAAGAACAGUUUUACUAGCAUUUUUUUCCCCCGUGUGCUGGUCUUGCUGUGAUUGCAUCGCCUCUGUUGGCUGAGAGAGUCAGUAUUGUUAAUCUCAGCCAGUGCAAUGCUUCCUCAUUGGGGGCCAGUGCGUAUGCUUGACAACCAGUCGGCAUCUUCUCAUAGAAAUGCAUUAACAGCGUGGAGAUGCUGAAUAAAAGUCCAGCUAUCUUUGCAGGACUUCAUCCAGGAAUUUCCUCUAGUCCAGUCAGAGUAAUCGCAAUUAGAGGUGGUAAUAGGCAGCGGUUUAACACUGACUUUACUAAGAAAAUGCAAUAUUUACACUGCUGAAGCUGCAGGGACCAUCGUUGUCCCAUAACUACUAUAUUGAGCUGUAGUGGUUCUGGUGCCUAUAGCUACAGUGCCUAUAACUAAAAUCAUAAGUCAUGUUCGUGGAAAGUCAAUUCUUACUGUGUUUGCCUUUCAGCACUGGAUGGGAAAGCACCACUUGCCACCGGGGAGGAAGAGGAUGAUGAAGUUCCAGGUAAGGUUAUGCUCUGCACCACAAAUUUAUUCGAACAUUCCAUUACUCAAGCUGCCUUAUUAAUGUAAACAAACCGCACAAGUUGGAUCCUGCAAACUAUGCCUUGUGUAGCAUGCCGAGCUCCAUUGCAUGAAUGAAACAUUUGCGUAAAUCUUUACUAGAAUGGUAUUGGAUUGCUACUCAUUGCAAUGCAAUAUAGUUUAACUACAAAGCAUUAAGCAAGAGUCAGUUAUCAUUUUUUAUUUUUUUUGUUCUCUCUCUCACUAUUUCUAUGCAGUUACAGUUCAGCAACUCCUACUUACUGCAGCCUACAUCUAUACUCUUUAUCAACUGUCAGGGAUAAUGAAUAUCUAAACGUAUUCACCUGUUUCGAGUCUUAUUUAACCGUAGUUCCUCAGCCUUGUCUGUACAGUUGGGUGUAAAAAAGCAUGACUAAUCAUUAGCUGCCAUUUCAGAAGCGGUUGUGCUUGAGGAAAGGCAUAUAUAUUCCUACCAAGUGGUGCAGUAUGGAAAAUGUUUGAGAGCGAAGGAAUGCUGAAUGGUGUUUGAAUGUGUAAAAUGUUUCUAAAAUCUACCAAUAAUUGCUGUUUGUAUUCUUUCACAGAACUCGUUGAGAACUUUGACGAAGCUUCCAAGAAUGAGUCGGUCUGAUUAACUUAAACCACUGAAGAACAUACAAUUAUGGGCAGUGCUGCUAUUUUAUAUUGUGGCUGCUUUAUCUAUUUGUUUCCUUUUUGCCUCUGUUUCUGUUUUGGCCCAAUGAGAUUAACUCUUUAACAAUAUUUUAUUGGCUAUGCCAUCAUAACAAUAGUUGGAUCUUCCAUAUUCCAAGAAGACUUGCGUACCAGGUUGUUUGAUGGCAUGCAUGGUCUUUAAUUGGUUAAAUGUUUUUGAACUUUAAAACCAUUGUAAUUAGCAGCUACCCAAUGCCUGCUUCUUUGCAGAGAACUUGCAUAUUGCGACUCCAUUUACGUGAACAGUUCUGGAAAUAAAGGUUUAUAAAACAAACAUCCCUUGAGAUUUUGUUUCAGUGUUGUAUGCAGGUUAUAAAGUGAUUUACAGGUCACUAUCAACAAGGUAAUUCCUUAUUUACAUACACUGAGAAAACAGAUUAAUGUUUAAGAACUAAUUGCAUAACCUAUUCAGUUGAGAUAUGCAAGUGUUAUGUUACUAUACUUGCAUGUGAAAAGAAUAAAGCCUACAAAUGUUCAAUAGAAUUGUCAUUUAUUUUAUGCUUUAGUACUUGCAAUAUUUUAAAUAAAGGAAGCACGCUGACACAAUGUUUAACAUUUUAAAAGCUGCUUUGAAAUUUUUUUUUUUUUUGGAUGGACACUAGU